AUGCCUGUCGUAUCCGAAGACGGAAAGCCUAACGAUACUCUCUGGGACUGUCCCGAGCCACGACUCGUUGACUACGAAACGGACUGGUAUCGUAUUCGUGAAAUCCCAAACUUCACCACCUGUGCCUGCUGUUACGAGACGUACCUCCAGGCCACCCCCCUCUCGGCUUCUUUUGAACGCGUUAUCAGACCUAGAGGUGUCUGUAGCUUCAGGAAGUUUCGAGUAAUCCGGUUCCUGAUCCCGCAGUACCUCAGAACGCCAGAUCCUCAACCUCUUCGGGAUUACAUGGCGAAGCGUAUUGGUAUCCAGGACUGUUACGGUGUUGGAGGCGUCAAGGGAACGGCAGGUGUGAAGUGGUUCAAGCCGCUCGAUGAUAGACUCAAUGGCUUCAUUUCAUGCGAAGCAUGUUAUGAAGAGGUGAUUCUAGGCACGGCAUUCCACCGCCACUGGGCGCCCUACGACAAGCCUCAGGCAAAUGACGAUCUCUGGGCAUGCGAUAUAUGCAUCCCCUUCAUCGGCCGGAUCUUGAUCAGCUAUUCCAUAGCCCGUACAUGGGAAGACUGGAUCCAAGCCACUAUCAAACACAUGAACCUACCCAUAUGCGACAAGGAGAAGGCCGUUUCUGUAUCGUCUCGGAAAUGGGUGCGGCUCUCCGGCGGACGAGUCCCUGAUAUCAGAUUAUGCGAGAGAUGUUACGAAGAACAUCUGGCACACACUCCCAUCGGUCACGAAUUCGAACUUAUCCCACCAAGGUCCGGGCCCAACGAACUGGAUUGGAUGGAGGUAGUGUCGGGCCACCACCUCACACAGAACUCGGAGCGCUGGCUUUGCACCAUGGCGAAUAAUAUCCCGCUUAUCGCGGUCGUGUCAGCUGCCGUAGGUCGGAAGGACGUCAACGCCAUGAUCAGAGCGGCCGAGGUCAUUGUCGCUAACCCUCCGUGUAGCGGACGGGGGAUCUCGGGAGGCACAUGGUACACGCUGGCUGGCGGCGACGUCGGCGACGACUUCAAGAUCUGUGCCGCAUGCCGCGCCGGUCUCCAUCCCUCGGCUCCGCGAUGGAUACAGCAGGUCCAUCGACUACAGGAGGCUCUCGAAGUGGGCGUAUGGUCGAGGUAUUCCAACCGAGUCCGCACGUUCGCCGGCGUCCCGCCCUGCGCGGGACACAACCACGUCGAGAACCGCAAGUGGUACGGCUGGGAGGACGGCACCAUCUGCGCGGAAUGCUGGGUCGGCUUCUGCAGGGACGCGCACCCCGCCGCCUCGGGGGCUCGCGAUGGAAAGUGGAUCGAGGCCUGCGAGACAGGCGACGCCGGCGAGCUCGUUGGGUUUUCGAGGACCAGGCUCGAGAUGUACGUGCAGACGGUGGUGCAGAUCCGGAGGUUGAGGGAGGUGCAUGAGGUGCAGGUGCUGGAGUCCAUCGGCGCCGGCAACCAGAGCCUCACGUAUUCGUCACCGCAGAACUUCCGUGUCUCUGCCGGCAUUACUGAUGGGUACCCGCACGGCAACGGCACGCUUGGGUGGCAUCCGACGGUGGAGGGUGUCCAAAGUGCGGCAUAUAUGAGAGACAUGUCGAGUUUGGGCGGCCAAGCCUGGAACACUCUUUUCCAGAUUGAGCACCUGCAGAACCAGUGGCUGCUUGUUGAGUGA